GUGGAGGAAGGCCAGUUGCAAAAAGAAGAAGUGUACUCUUUCCCCAACUCUUCUUUCUUGCGAUGCUCUCCCAUGACUUACUGUAAAAUCGCGUCCUCAGCCAUUGGUCGAGUUGGCUCGCCCGUAUGCGAAGGGGACCGAAGCGCCUAAAGCCGAAAGGAGGGCAGGCAACAUUCACCAACGCAACUGGAACAUUGUCAAUAGUGGCAUAUAUUUAUGCGCAGUCUGCGUCGCCUUUCAGCCCGCUUGUCUGUAAUCUUCUUUUGCGACGGCUAAGGAUGAAAAAGAAAAGCCGUAGUCUUGCUGCACAUGAUAACAUAUUUAUAUGAUUAGUUGCUUCGGAUCUGGGGGUGGUGGGGGUAGGGGGAGGUUAGAGGAAGCUCCGAGCCGCUCCGUAUACCGGGCCACUCCGUGUCAGGUUUUGACAGCGACCCAUUCAAAGGCGGCUCAGGCACAAGGCAGCCUGCAUAGGACUUGGUGCGCUGGCUCUGUUUACUGGGACCGUGUUCCUCCGUGUUUCCGGCAUCCUCAGCACCGCUUAUGAGCAGGAUCCUCGCUAAAUGCAAGCGGGCUGACUAACUUAGUACUGAUACGGAAGGGCACGCUGUUAUUCAAGGCGACACGGAGUGGAUUGACACUGGUGGAAAGGUGCUUCAGUUUGCCUUGUUCUUCCAUAUCAGACCUAAUAUCUCAAGCUUUUUUUCAUAGUACUGUGUUUUUUGUCGCCCUGCGCUGCUGUCUUUUGUAUUUUUUUCCCAUUUUCUUUUUUUUUUUUUUUUUUUUGGGGCAUCUUUAGAAUAGGAGAGAAAGCCGGACUGUUGAUCGAUUCAGCACCUUCGCAAUGGGACCAGUUGCCGGGUCUGGGAGAAUGUGUGGACUCAGAGAAAGAGCGGCUGCCCGAUAAAGCGUCGCCUGUCCCAGAUAAGUGGAGCAUGCAUCAGGACUGCAUUAGCUUCCCUUUAUGCUGCGUGCUCUUCAUUAGGCUGCAGAGGAGUUACUACCCGGCUGUCUGCUUUGCGUUUAUUUUAUUCCAUUGUCUGACCGAUUUUGUCUUUGCCACCAAAACAUCCAACCUGUCUGAUUCCCUUUAAAGGUGAGAAGAUCAAUGAUGAAGAUUGAGAUCUGCAAGUCUGGAAAUUUUUAAAUACGCUCACCUGUACCAGGGGUGCAACAAAAGCACAAUGGCAGUGUGGAAACUACCAACUUUUUGCUGGGUAGUCUUUGCAGUGGCUCAUUUACAUUAUUCAAAAGGGUUUAGCCGUGCGGCGCUGCCAUUUGGCUUGGUGAGGAGAGAGCUCUCUUGUGACGGUUAUCCAAUUGACCUGCGAUGUCCAGGAAGUGAUGUCAUCAUGGUUGAAAGCGCCAACUAUGGCCGAACAGAUGACAAGAUCUGUGACGCUGAUCCCUUUCAAAUGGAAAACAUUAACUGCUACCUCCCAGAUGCCUACAAAAUUAUGUCUCAAAGGUGUAACAAUCGGACCCAGUGUGUUGUGAUUACUGGGUCAGAUGUCUUCCCCGAUCCCUGUCCAGGGACCUACAAAUACCUAGAGGUCCAGUAUGAAUGUGUACCCUAUAAAGUGGAGCAAAAAGUUUUUGUUUGCCCUGGGACCCUUAAAGCAGUCGGCGAUGCUUCCUUUCUCUAUGAAGCGGAACAGCAGGCAGGUGCAUGGUGCAAAGACCCUCUCCAAGCAGGCGACAAAAUCUAUUUCAUGCCCUGGACACCUUACCGCACUGAUACUCUCAUUGAGUAUUCCUCACUCGAGGACUUCCAAAACACGCGUCAGACUAUCACAUACAAGCUCCCUCACCGCGUGGAUGGCACUGGAUUUGUAGUGUACGAUGGCGCAGUGUUUUUUAACAAGGAAAGGACCCGAAAUAUUGUCAAGUUUGAUCUUAGGACUAGGAUUAAAAGUGGAGAGGCCAUCAUCAAUAACGCCAACUACCACGACACCUCACCGUACAAGUGGGGCGGAAAGACGGACAUCGACCUGGCUGUGGAUGAGAACGGCCUGUGGGUCAUUUAUGCCACUGAGCAAAACAAUGGGAUGAUUGUGAUCAGUCAGUUGAACCCUUAUACCCUGCGAUUCGAGGCAACCUGGGAGACAGUUUAUGACAAGCGGUCUGCCUCCAAUGCCUUCAUGAUUUGUGGAGUGCUGUACGUGGUAAGAUCCACGUAUGAAGAAAACGAGAGUGAAAUCAGCAGAAGUGUGAUAGAUUACAUCUACAACACCAAACAAAACCGUGGGGAAUUUGUGGAUAUUCAGUUUCCAAAUCAGUACCAGUACAUUGCAGCUGUGGAAUACAAUCCAAGAGACAACCAGCUUUAUGUAUGGAAUAACUUUUACAUAUUAAGGUAUAAUCUGGAGUUUGGACCACCUGAUCCUGCUCAAGUGCAAAGUUUCUCGGAAACGGCCGCCACAUUCGAGCCCCUGAAGACCACCACCACUACGACCACAACGACGGCUCCCCAGAAAGGCUUGGAGAACACCACGACAGCGUCUAGCCCGAAAGAAGGAAGCAGGGGACCUAAAUCACCACCAGGCGCUCCUGAAACUGUGGCACCAAUUGAUUCCUUCCCCUUGCCAGAAAGGUUCUGUGAAAGCACAAAGAAAAGGGAGAUAUUAUGGCCUCAGACGCAGAGGGGAAUGCUGGUAGAGAGACCCUGCCCCAAGGGAACCAGAGGUACGGCUUCUUAUUUGUGUGUUCUUGCCACGGGGGCUUGGCACCCAAAGGGACCUGAUCUCAGUAACUGCACAUCCCACUGGGUGAACCAAGUGGCACAAAAGAUCAGAAGUGGGGAAAACGCAGCAAACCUCGCCAAUGAGCUGGCCAAACACACCAAGGGGCCCAUCUUCGCUGGCGACGUGAGCUCAUCUGUGAGACUGAUGGAGCAGCUGGUGGACAUCUUGGAUGCCCAGCUCCAGGAGCUGAGGCCCAGCGAGAAGGACUCUGCAGGCCGGAGUUUCAACAAGCUUCAAAAACGAGAAAGGACUUGCAGGGCAUACAUGAAGGCAAUUGUGGAUACAGUUGACAACCUGCUGAGACCCGAAGCACUGAAAUCCUGGCAGGAUAUGAACUCUACGGAGCAGACGCAUGCUGCAACCAUGUUACUCGAUACUCUGGAGGAGGGAGCCUUCGUCCUGGCUGACAAUCUCAUGGAACCGGCCAUAGUGAAAGUACCUGCAGAAAACAUAAUCCUGGAUGUUUACGUGCUCAGUACGGAUGGUCAGGUGCAGGAUUUCAGAUUCCCACAGAGCAGUAAGGGUGGUGUCUCUGUCCAGCUGUCCUCCAACACAGUCAAGCUCAACAGCCGAAAUGGUGUUGCAAAGUUGGUGUUUGUUCUUUACAAAAACCUGGGGCAGUUUCUCAGCACAGAAAAUGCCACGAUUAAAUUUGGCAAUGAGGCUAGCAGACAAAACCAUUCUGUUGCUGUGAACUCACAUAUUAUUUCAGCCUCGAUCAACAAAGAGUCCAGUCGUGUGUUUAUUACGGACCCUGUGAUUUUUACCCUGGAGCACAUUGAUACGGAGAACUAUUUUAACUCAAACUGUUCCUUCUGGAACUAUUCGGAGAGAAGCAUGAUGGGAUACUGGUCCACUCAGGGCUGCAAACUCGUUAAUGCAAAUAAGACGCACACAACAUGUUCCUGCAGUCAUCUCACCAACUUUGCCAUACUUAUGGCACAUCGUGAAAUUGCGGGCAAAGACGCAGUCCAUGAGCUGCUCUUGACAGUUAUCACCCGGGUGGGGAUAAUCAUCUCUCUGGUUUGCUUGGCCAUCAGCAUCUUCACUUUCUGCUUUUUCCGGGGCUUGCAGAGUGACCGCAAUACCAUCCACAAAAACCUGUGUGUCAAUCUCUUCGUCGCCGAGUUAAUUUUUCUAAUUAGCAUCGAUAUGACGGAACCGAGGAUCGGAUGCUCCAUUAUAGCUGGGAUUCUGCAUUUUUUCUUCCUCGCUGCAUUUUGCUGGAUGUGUCUGGAGGGCGUGCAGCUUUACCUCAUGCUGGUGGAGGUUUUUGAAAGUGAAUAUUCCCGUAAGAAGUACUAUUACGUUUCUGGCUACCUUGUCCCAGCCAUAGUGGUGGGCGUGUCUGCAGCUAUCGACUACAGGAGUUAUGGAACAAAAAAAGCGUGCUGGUUAAGGGUUGACAACCACUUUAUAUGGAGCUUCAUAGGUCCGGUGACAUUUAUCAUUACGUUAAAUCUCGUCUUCCUUCUAAUAACCUUGUACAAAAUGGUUAAGCAUUCCACUUCACUGAAACCAGACUCCAGCAGGUUGGAAAAUAUUAAUAAUUACCGUGUUUGCGAUGGCUACUAUAAUACCGAUUUGCCUGGCUAUGAAGAUAAUAAGCCAUUUAUCAAGUCCUGGGUGAUUGGUGCUUUUGCUUUACUCUGCCUGCUGGGGUUGACCUGGUCAUUUGGCUUAUUUUUUCUCAACGAAUCCUCCGUGGUCAUGGCUUAUCUCUUUACAAUAUUCAACACCUUUCAGGGGAUGUUCAUCUUUAUAUUCCACUGCCUGCUGCAGAAAAAAGUUCGUAAAGAAUACAGCAAAUGCUUCCGCCACAACUACUGCUGUGGUAGAUUGCCCACAGAGAGCUCCCACAGUUCAACAAAGACAUCGACUGCCAGGGCUAGUGCCCGCUACUCCUCCGGCACACAGAGCCGUAUCAGACGGAUGUGGAAUGACACCGUAAGGAAGCAGUCUGAGUCCUCCUUCAUCUCAGGUGACAUCAACAGCACCUCCACCCUUAACCAAGGGAUGACGGGCAAUUAUCUACUAACAAAUCCUCUCCUUCGACCACAAGGCACUAACAAUCCCUAUAACACCCUACUCGCUGAAACUGUUGUAUGUAACAGUCCCACGGCUCCAGUGUUUAACUCUCCAGUGAACUACAGAGAGACAAGAAAUUCCCUGAACAGUGCCAGGGAUACAAAUGCAAUGGAUACCCUACCGCUAAAUGGUAAUUUCAAUAAUAGUUACUCUCUUCGCAAUGGGGACUACGGCGACAGUGUGCGAGUGGUGGACUGUGGGCUCAGCCUGGAUGAUGUGGCCUUUGAAAAAAUGAUCAUCUCCGAGCUCGUGCACAAUAACCUCAGGGCUUGCAGCAAGAGCCAGAACAUGGACAGGACUUCGAGCAAAGUGGCCGCGGGUGGCAGCAGCAGCGAAGAUGACGCCAUCGUAGCCGACGCUUCGUCUUUGGUGCACGGUGAAAACCCCAGCCUGGAGCCGCACCACAAGGAGCUGGAGGCUCCGCUCAUCCCACAACGGACUCACUCGCUUCUGUACCACCCGCAGAAGAAAGUGAAGACGGAGGGUAUAGACAGCUACAUGUCUCAGCUCACGGCUGAGGUGGAGGACAACCUUCAGUCCCCAAACAGAGACUCCCUGUACACUAGUAUGCCUAAUUUAAGAGACUCUCCCUACCCCGAGAGUAGCCCGGAUGUAGAGGAGGACCUCUCUCCUUCUAAAAGGAGCGAAAUUGACGAUGUUUAUUACAAAAGCAUGCCUAACCUCGGAGCCGGACAUCAGCUUCAGGCAUACUACCAAAUUAGCAAAGGUAGUAGUGAUGGGUAUAUUAUUCCUAUUAACAAAGAAGACUGCAUCCCAGAAGGGGAGGAAGUGAGAGAAGGACAGAUGCAGCUGGUGACGAGUCUCUAAAUGUAUUUAAGUCAAGUUACUUCUCAAUUGAACCCCCCCUGAAAGACAUGAAAUGUGUACCGGUGGGAAGUAUUACCACAGAGCCUGGCAUUUUGCUCUCUAUCCCCCCCCACCCUUAUUUUUUCACAGACAGUCUGCAGUGCAUGGAGGUUGUUCUGCGUCGGCUUUGAAAAUCGCUGUGAAGCUGUGAACAGACUCUGUACAUACCAAGCAGAAUUAAAAAUAAAUAAAGACAAGCCAACUAUGUAUUUAAAUAUGCUGCUGCUGUUGAACAACUGAAAAAAAAUAACAGAAGAACGGGCCAUUCCAAUUCAGCAGUUUCUGAACAAUGAUUGUACAUACACUUCCAUUACCCUUAUCAAACCUGUUUUGUAUUAUAUACAAAAUCAAGCUCCAGGAUCUGAACUGGAAAGACCUAUGUGAUGUUUUUUGAUGUGUUCCCGGUAAGACUAUUAUUAUGAAUAUAAAAGUCCUGGAUCCUAGAACAGUCACCCCUAUCGUGGUGAAGAUUGGACCUUGAAACCACUAGCAAUCAAGCCCCAGGCCUUAUGUUUUCUGAAUUGUACAUUAAAGUGUUGUUAAGGAUAAUGGCAAAAAACAAUAUAUAAUAUAUAUUUUGUUGUAUUGCUAGUGUAAAAUAAAAUUCAAGGCAACCAUAAAUAUAAAGACAUUUUAAUUAAAAUUUUAGUUUGAAAAGGCUAUUGUGUAAAAGUUGCACAUAUGUUACUCAAAGUGUUACACCUCAUUCAUUGGAGUAUGUUUGAACAAGAUAAUGAAAGAAAUUGUAAAGAAAAAGACCAUGUCAUGCUCACACUUUUCACUUGUGAACCGUGUUUUUUCUUGUAUAACCCAUAUAUCUUGACAACAAUUCUGAAUUUCAUAUUGCCAAAAUAUAUUAUUUUAGUAUAGUAUGAAUCGAACUCCCAAAUUCAACAUAUAAUGCCUUGCACAAAUUUGGUAUUAAUCAUAUCAGAGUAAAUUACUUUAAAUCUGUUUUACGAUUAGGCAUGAGACAUUCGACAUCAACUUUGUUUUUGUUUUAACGCCAGCGAGAUUUUCAUUUAUCCCCAGUUCAGGCGUCUUGAUUUGGCCUUUUAUUUAUAUUAAGAUUUUAAACCCUUAUGAGAAUUUUAAAACGGUGUAUGAGUUGUUCUGCCAGCACCUGUACGCUAUUCUUUGUUGUUUAAAGCCAUCAUUUUAAAAAAAAGCUGUAAAGUUCAACACUUGUUAAACAAUAAAUAAAUGUCAAGAUUUUUUGUCAAAUGUUUCCAAGCUGUUUUAUUAAUGACUUCUAAUGGUAUGAUUUAAGCGACAUAAAAAUGAGGAAAUCUGCACCUGCCCAGUCAGGCUAUGCAUAUUCGUCAUAAACACACUCAUCCUCACCCGCCCCCCAGAAUUGGUUAGCUAAGUGCAGUACUCUAUCACUUUCACUCCAUAAGAUAACAGAGCUAAGCCUUUUCAUGCAAUAAAACAUAAUAAUGAGAGUCUUAGGUGAGGGGAAAUUAUUUUGUAUAUCAUGUUCAGUAUAGGGCCUCAUUCCAAUUUGAAAAACAAACACUUACUCAAGUUCACUCUCCCUCGCUUCGAGGGAGGAAUUCCCAUUAAGAAACCGAUAUAAAACGGUUGUCAUUGGCAAGAUUGUUCGUGACUCACAUAUAUGAGGGAUCAGCCAUAUCCCAUUAAUUUGUCAUUUUUUAACACAGAAAAUAAUAUAACCUGGAAUAUCCCACAUCAGCCAAUCUGUGGCAUUUAAAAAAGAAAAGAUACUAUUUCACACAAAACUUAUACCUGUAUUUUAUUUCUUUGCAUUUUAUUUUUUACAUAUGGCAGUUAGUGAAAUUUAGGCACAAACAAAUGUUUCUGUCAUUUCAGGUUAUGCACUUUAAAAAUGAAAUAAAUGCAAUACUGCAAGGUCGCUGGCUUAAUAGGAUUUGAACAGUGAUUGCACCUAUAUUGACUGUCCUGUUUCCCAUCCUCUAAAUAUUAAUAUUUUAUAUUAGUCGGCUAGUAUAUUAGUGAAUAUUAUCAAUGUUGUUUUGCAAAUGUCCAUUGUUAAUGCACUGAAUGUACUACAUUUCUGCCACCUCGGCCAUGUACAUCGCUCUGGAUAAGAGAAUAAAAUGUAAUGUAAAAUGUCGUGAUUAACAAGGCUUAAUGUAUUGAAAAGAACGUGUAAAACCUUUAUAGUUUUUAAUGUACAGAAUUAAAGAAGUACAAGCCAUGAA